AUGGUCGAACACCAACCCGUUCACAACAGCGAAGUCUAUCUGUUAGGAUUAAGGCCGCGUCCUACCGUCCCCCCUCCUUCUCCGCCUUCACCUCUAACGCCGAGAGAAGCCGAGUCAAGUAGCACCGCUAUCGAAGAGCUUUGCUUAGACGAUACUGAGAGCUUCGAGGAUAUUUCAGAGACCACCUCGCUUACAAAGCAAAGGAUUUCGGGUGCUGUUCAUGUUUCUAAGCCGGAAGCGACCGCUCUCCGGAGUCUUACCCAUUUAUAUAGGACUAAUACGACUGCUAUAGAGGGCUUCAGUGCUGCAGUAGGAGCUAUAACGAAACAUGAAGGCGAACGAGGAAAAUUAGUCAUAAUAGGAGUUGGGAAGUCGGGGCAUAUUUCAAAAAAGCUGGUCGCAACCUUCAAUAGUCUCGGAGUUCAUGCAACUUUUCUUCAUCCUACCGAAGCUCUUCAUGGCGACCUUGGCAAGAUCGGGAAGAAUGAUGUUGUUCUUUUCAUUACAUUCUCAGGGAAGACACCUGAGCUUCUAGCGUUGCUACCACACCUGGAUGCGACGUUACCAGUAAUCGUACUCACUUCGCAUACUCGACUAGAGGAGUGCGAGCUUAUCCGACAGCGGCAGGAUGCAAUACUUCUCCCAGCACCCAUCCACGAGUCUGAGAUAGUAUCGUUCGGCGUUUCAGCCCCCACAACAUCUACUACUGUGGCUCUCGCGCUAGGAGACGCGCUCGCGGUAGUGGCAUCUCAGGAGUUACAUUCAACGGUCAUAUCAGUUUUUGCGAAGAACCACCCUGGCGGGGCCAUCGGCCAAGCGUUUAGCAGUAAACCCCAUCAAAUUCGCGAUAUUAUAAUCCCACUCUACGAAAUACCAGAGUGGCCAAAUUCAAGCGGCGAGGCUUGCGGCGCGGAUAUACUAAAGCUAGGCUAUGAUUCAAAAUCUGGAUGGGCUCGCGUUAAUGACGUGAUCGCCUCCCCGAGGCGUAUUAGACGGCUCGAAACGGCACAUAUGGCAUGGCGGAUAUCUGAUAUUCCCAACUUGGUAGUUGAUAGGAGCGAGUGGAUCAGCAUCCGUGCUAGUACAAGGAUAUCGCAGGCCGCAGAAUGGCUUAGAGAGCCCCUAAUGUCGCCUGAUUGUAGCGAGGCGGUUUUUAGCGAAGAUUCUAUUUUGGCGGCCGUGGAAAACGGAGAGAUAAUUGGUGUUCUGGCUGGAAGUCGGCCAUCUUUUAAGCUUGCAGGAGUAAAGAGCGGAAUAUGUUUAGUACGAAUAUUCGUCAGGUAUAAACCAGCAGACGAUAUGAUAUUUAGGUAA